CAGACACUCCCGGGGACACGCAGCCUAGCGCAGACAUGAGGCUGGUCCGUGCGCUGCUGCUGCUGGCCGGCUGGGCCUCGGCGCAGGACAGGCCCAAGUCUGUGGCCUUCCAGGACUGCCCCGUCGACCUGUUCUUUGUGCUGGACACAUCCGAGAGUGUGGCCUUGAGGCUGAAGCCCUAUGGGGCUCUGGUGGACAAGGUCAAGGACUUCACCAAGCGCUUUGUGGACAACCUGAGGGACAGGUACUACCGGUGUGACCGUAACCUGGUGUGGAACGCAGGGGCGCUGCACUACAGUGAUGAGGUGGAGAUCGUCCAGGCCCUCAGCCCCAUGCCCCGCAGCCGGGACAUGCUCAAGAGCAACGUGGACGCCAUCAAGUACUUCGGCAAAGGCACUUAUACCGACUGUGCCAUCAAGAAGGGGCUGGAGGAGCUGCUGGUGGGGGGCUCCCACCUGAAAGAGAACAAGUACCUCAUCGUGGUGACUGAUGGGCACCCGCUGGAGGGCUACAAGGAGCCGUGCGGAGGGCUGGAGGAUGCCGUCAACGAGGCCAAACACCUGGGCGUCAAAGUCUUCUCCGUGGCCAUCACGCCUGACCACCUGGAGCCCCGUCUGAGCAUCAUCGCCAGUGACCACACGUACCGGCGUAACUUCACGGCUGCCGACUGGGGCCAGAGUCGGGACGCCGAGGUGGCCAUCACCCAGACAAUCAGCACCAUCACGGAAAUGAUCAAAGACAACGUGGAGCAAGUGUGCUGCUCCUACGAGUGCCAGCCUGCCAGAGGACCCCUUGGGCCGCAGGGCGACCCUGGCUAUGAGGGCGAGCGAGGGAAACCAGGACUUCCAGGAGAGAAAGGAGAAGCUGGAGACCCCGGGCGACCCGGGGACCUCGGACCCGUCGGCUACCAGGGGAUGAAGGGAGAGAAAGGAGUUCGUGGGGAGAAGGGCUCCCGGGGACCCAAGGGCUACAAGGGUGAGAAGGGCAAGCGCGGCGUGGAUGGCGUGGACGGCAUGAAGGGAGAGAUGGGGUUCCCUGGCCUGCCCGGCUGCAAGGGCGCCCCUGGAUUUGAUGGUCUCCAAGGCCCCCCUGGGCCCAAGGGUGACGCUGGUGCCUUCGGACCGAAAGGGCACAAGGGUGAACCCGGAGCUGAUGGGGCACCCGGGAGACCGGGGAGCAUGGGUGCCCCUGGGGACGAGGGCGAGCCGGGCCAGCCGGGGCCUCCUGGAGAGAAGGGGGAGGCCGGAGACGAGGGCAAUCCGGGCCCAGAUGGUGCACCCGGGGACAGGGGCGGCCCCGGGGAGCGUGGCCCCCAGGGGACUCCUGGCGUGCGGGGCCCCAGAGGAGACCCGGGUGAAGCUGGACCUCAAGGGGACCAGGGACGAGAAGGCCCCGUCGGCGUCCCGGGGGACCCGGGUGAGGCCGGUCCCAUUGGACCAAAAGGGUACCGAGGUGACGAGGGGCCCCCGGGGUCCGAGGGUCCCAAAGGUGCUCCAGGGCCCGUAGGACCCCCUGGAGACCCCGGGCUGAUGGGAGAGAGGGGUGAAGAUGGGCCCCCCGGAAAUGGCACGGAAGGCUUCCCCGGAUUCCCGGGGUAUCCAGGCAACAGGGGCCCACCCGGGAUCAACGGCACCAAAGGCUACCCCGGCCUCAAGGGGGAUGAGGGAGAAGCCGGAGACCCUGGAGACGACAACACGGUCCCCCCACCCUCAGGCAGCAAAGGAGCCAAGGGGUAUCAGGGUCCCGAAGGCCCCCAGGGACCCCCAGGACACACCGGACCACCAGGGCCAGAUGAAUGCGAGAUCCUGGACAUCAUCAUGAAGAUGUGCUCCUGCUGUGAGUGCAGGUGCGGCCCCAUCGACGUCCUCUUCGUGGUGGACAGCUCGGAGAGCAUCGGUCUGCAGAACUUUGAGAUCGCCAAGGACUUUGUCAUCAAGGUCAUCGACCGGCUGGGCAGGGAUGAGCUGGUGGAGUUCGACCCCAAGAAGUCGGUGGUGGGCGUGGUCCAGUACAGCCACAACCAGAUGCAGGAGCACGUGGACCUCCGGAGUCCCGGGAUCCGCAACAUACAGGAGCUGAAGGAGGCCAUCAAGAAGCUGCAGUGGAUGGCAGGGGGCACAUUCACGGGUGAGGCGCUACAGUACACCCGGGACCAGCUGCUGCCACCGUCCCCGAACAAGCAGAUUGCACUGGUCAUCACUGAUGGCCGCUCAGACACCGAGCGAGACUCCACCCCCCUCAGCGUCCUCUGCGGCCCCAAUGUCCAGGUGGUCUCUGUGGGCAUCAAGGACCUAUUUGGUGCCAACCCAAGCUCUGACCAGCUCAAUGCCAUCUCGUGCCAAGGCAUGGGGCCACAGGGCCGGCCAGGCAUCUUGCUGGUGAAGGACAACUAUGCAGAGCUGCUGGAUGAUGCCUUCCUGAAGCAGGUCGCCGCCCACAUCUGUGCAGACAAGAAGUGUCCAGACUACACGUGCCCAAUCACCUUCUCCGACCCCAUGGACAUCGCCAUCCUGCUGGACAGCUCGGCCAGCGUGGGCAGCCACAACUUUGACACCACCAAGCUGUUCGCGCAGCGCCUGGCCGAGCGCUUCCUGACGGCACGCAGCACCAGCCCGAACCCCGAUGUGGCCAUGCGCGUGGCUGUGGCGCAGUACAGCGGCUCCGGGCAGCAGCGACCAGGUCCCGGCGCCCUCCAGCUGCAGCAGAAUCUCACGGUGCUGGCGAGUGCCAUGGACCGCCUCCACUACCUCAACGAUGCCACCGACGUGGUGGACGCCCUGGGCUUCGCCAUCCGCUUCUUCCGCCGGGCCUCGGUCCAGAGUGCCCGGAAGCGGCUGCUGCUCUUCUCGGACGGCCACUCGCAGGGCGCCACGGAGGAGGCGCUGCGCAAGGCAGUGCAGGAGGCACUGGGUGCGGACGUGGAGCUGUUCGUGGUGGCCGUGGGCCCCCAGGUGAACGAGGCGCAUGUGCGGGCCCUGGUCACCGGCAGGUCCGGCGUGUACGAUGUAGCCUACGGCGAGCGCCACCUGUUCCGCGUGCCCAGCUACCAGGCCCUGAUGCGUGGCGUCCUCUACCAGACUGUGUCCCGGAGGGUGGUUCUCGGCUAGAGGCCCCCAUGGGGCCCGCUGAAGCCCCGACGACCCUGGGCCUGGGCACACUCGCCCAGCCUACCCCCACCUCACCCCAGAGUCCGAAGUGCCUCUCCGCUGGGCGUUCCCGCUGCCCAGGGCUCUGCAUUUAUGUCUCAUUUGCUGCAUGAGGCAGGGGUGUCUGGCGGAACAGGUCCUGCGUCAGCUCCCCCACACCCAAGAAAGGUGCUAAACACGGGGGAGGGCAGCCGCCGUUGCCCCAGGGGCCUCUCCCACGUGGCCACCCCAGCACCCCUGGUGUCUGGGGCCUUCACUCCUGAUUUCUUCCCUGUCCGUAUGUGUCACCCACAUUUCCAAAUAAAGGUUCCACCGUC